AUGAGUGUCCGCGUGCUGCGGCGGUUUUGCUGCAGCAGCUGCGACUUUUUGGAGUCGUCUGCUGCUGCUGCUGCUGCUGUUCUUCGGGGCUGCUGCAGCAGCACCGGCAGCAGCAGCAGCCACGUCUCUGCGCCCGCCACUCACAGGCCUUGCCAGUACCCAAUCAGCAGCAGCAGCAGCAGCAGCAGCAGCAGCAGCAGCAGCAGCACGUUUUCUGUGUUUGAAAGGGGCAUGCUUGCUGCUGCUCUCAUGGGCAUGGGUGGGGGGGGCGGCGGCCGUUUGCUGCUGACGAAGCGAAAGUUGCUGCUGAAGCUGCAGUCUCCUUUGCUGCCGCGGCUGCUGCAGCCGUCUGCUGCUGCUGCUGCUGCUGCUGCUGCUGCAGCAGCAGCAGGCGCAGCAGCGCAGCAGGAAAGGAGGCAGCACGAAGUGCAGCCAGUAAUUGAGAAAGGCCGAAUUCUUCUUGGCUACGUCAGCGAGUUGCGCUUGCUGCCUCGCAAACAGCAGCAGCAGCAAAAGCAGCAGCAGCAGCAGCAGCAGCAGCAGCAGCAGCAGGUGGUGCUGCGGUUCUUCGGCCCCUUCAAAGCCAAACUGUCCGAGGCGGACAUUCAAGCAGCAGAAGAGAGUGGCAAAGAGUUCACACUAGGUACCCUUGUCAAGGUGGUGGUGACGGCGGUGAAUAUGUCCCGCGGCACCUUCGAGGUCUCCACUGACCUGAGUGCAGCAGCAGCAGCAGCAGCAACAGCAAAAACAGCAGCAGCAGCAGCAAAUGGCCGCAGCAGCAGCCAGCCCAAGACUCUUGCUGUUGGGGCUGUGGUGUCUGGCGAGGAGGCGCGAGUGGUGUCUGUACACGAGAACGGCGUGCUGCUGCUGCUGCCGAACUGCCGCAGGGCGGUCUCCAAGCAGCAGCAGGAGCAGCAGCAGGAGCAGCAGCAGCAGCAGCAGCAGCAGCAGCAGCAGCAGAAAGGCGUGCUGGGCUUUGUGCCGACGCUGCAUCUUGCAGACGAGGUUUCUGUCGCUGCGGCCCUCCAGAAGUACCUCAAGGUAGUCUGCUGCUGUUCGUGCUGCUGCUGCUGCUGCUGCUGGUUCCUGCUACUGCUGCUGCUGCUGCUUGUCUUGCUGCUGCAGCCAAAUGCUGCUGCUGCUGCUGCGGGUCUCGCUGCAGGUGGGCGCUGCGCUGCCCUUCGAGGGCGUCGUUCUUGCUGCUGCUUUUGCGGUGACUUUGGGCGAGACGCAACGGUCUGCUGCUGCUGCUGCUGCGUUUGCCCCUCGUCCCGCCUGUCCGUGCGCAGCAGCAGCAGCAGCAGCAGCAGCAGCAGCAGCAGCAGCGGGAGUUACGGGGCGUCGCGGUACUUCGCGCGGAACAGCAGCGAGCUGCAGCGCGUGCAUGCAGCAGCAGGGCAGCAGAGUCUGCUGCUGUGGGGCUACGUAAGACAAGCAGCAAACUUCGGAGUCUUUGUUUGUCUUGGGGCUUUGCAUGCGCAAGCUGUUAGUCCUUUUCGGCACUUAGCAGCAGACUUCGUGUCUUCGCAGCAGCAGCUGGCGCUGCGGCUGCCUGCGGGGCUGACCGUCAAGGCUGUCUUGCUGCCGCAGCAGCAGCAGCAGCAGCAGCAGCAGCAGCAGCAGCACGUGGUCGAGCUCCGCCCGCAGAAGAUCAACAAAGUCGCCAGGCUGCAGCAAGACGAGGCAGCUCUUGCGGCCCUCGCGGUGCCCACGAUGCAGCGAAUGCUGCAGCAGCGUGCAGCAGCAGCAGCAGCAGCAGCAGCAGCAGCAGCAGCUGAGGAGGCCCCAUGUGUCUGCAGCAGCGCGCUGCGCGCCGGCCGUCUGCUGCGCUGCAGCGUCGAAGCAGCAGCAGCAACAGGGGCCCUCUGCCGUGUUGCUGGCUGCUGCUGUGGGGCUGCAUGCGUUUCUGUGUGGGUUCCCCCGGCCUUCCUGCCCCUAGACCUCCAGCAGCAGCAGCAGCAGCAGCAGCAGCAGCAGCAGCAGCAGCAGCAGGAGUAUGAUUGUCUUGUGGUGGCGGCGGACAGCUGCAGCAAACGCGCCUUCGGCUGCUGCUGCCCAGAGCUGCUGCGGCCGUUUUUGUUGCUGCGGGAAGCCGUGCAGCAGCACGGCAGCAAGCUGCUGCAGUGCACCGUAGGCGCUGCUGCUGCUGCUGGCGCUGACGACGAUGAGCAGCAGCAGCAGCAGCAGCAGCAGCAGCAGCAGCAGCAAGAAAUAACUGUGCGUCUGCAAAAGAAGGGCAAGAAGAAGCAGCAGCAAAACGGAGAAACAGAAGAAGCAGUUUGGCAGUGGCAGACAGAGAGCCUUCCCCCCGCGCUGCUGCAGCUGCUGGAGGAAAGACUGCUGCAGCAGCAGCAGCAGCAGCAGCAGCAGCAGCAGGUGCGGACGGGGUACCUGGCAGCAGACAUGGGUCUGCUUGCAGUUGCUGCAGUUACUUCUGAAGAGGUGCAGCUGCGGCUUCCUGCUGCUGCUGCUGCUGCUGCGCUGUCUUUGUCAUUUCCUC